CAAAAUGCCGUCGUUUUUCCAGGGAAUUCUUUCCCUGUGAAGGUCUACAUGCAUGAUCUUCCCAGAAAAUUCACUUACGGGGUUAUAGAAAGCUUCGCAAUGGCUCGAGGGGGUCUGAAAGGUUCGGUAGAUGAUGUCUCAGUGUUGAAGUACCCGAGACAUCAGCACUCGGCCGAGUGGUACUUGUUCGCUGAUUUGAACCGGCCGGACCGGACCAGUUCACCGGUGACUAGGGUUUUGGACCCGGCCGAGGCGGACUUGUUCUACGUGCCGUUCUUUUCGUCGUUGAGCUUAGCAGUGAACCCAAUUCGAGCGGCGAAUGAGAAAAUACAAUCCUUACAGACAAUGGACAAUGAUGGAGAUGGACUGGGGUAUGUGGAUGAGGAGAUGCAGGAGGGUUUGAUUGAGUGGUUGGAGGAGCAGGGGUAUUGGAAGAGGAACAAUGGGUGGGACCAGGUGAUUAUAUGUCAAGACCCCAAUGCAUUGUACAAGGUUGUGGAUAGAGUUAAGAAUGGGGUGUUGCUUGUUUCGGAUUUUGGACGGUUGGAGCACGAUCAGGGGUCGUUGGUGAAGGAUGUGAUAUUGCCAUAUUUGCAUCGGAUUAAAACCUUUGAUGGGGAUGUUGGUGUUGAGUCUAGGAAGUCAUUGUUGUUCUUCAUGGGGAACCAGUACCGGAAAGAGUAUGUGUAUACAGACAGAGAGGAGAAAGAAGCCAUUUUGAGUAGAAUUAGCAUAUCCUGUCCCUGUGGAUGCAAGGGACAACAUGUUCUAUUUACACUCAAAUUAACAUGUGGAUAUGAGGCAAAACAAAUUAUCAUGACAAAGAAAUGAUGAGAUCAAUGCAAUCUUUGCAGAAUUUAACUUGAAUUUUGUGUACCGAUGAUGAUGACUAAAAUUGCUUGAUUUGUUUUGUGUGGAACUUUGGAUUGAAACCAUGGUAGUUGAUUUUUCUUCCUUUUGUCACCUUUUUGUCUUGUGACGUUUCCUCAAAGUUCCCGCUUCAGUGCUUGUUUACUUUCAUAUUCUUGAUUACCCUUUUAA